AUUUUACUAUUCGCACUAUGGAUAUAUGUAAAAAUCUAUGAUGCGGAUAGUAGUACACGAAGUCAGUGUAACACAGAAACUCUGUUCGGCUACCCUUUUCCUGAUGACAUUAGGAUCGUUAGUAUCC